AUGGCGACAUCAUCAAAUACAACUGCUGCUGUGGCAGAUGAAGGAAUGGAAGAACGCAUAAUUAAUGAAGAAUAUAAAAUUUGGAAGAAAAAUUGCCCGUUUCUUUAUGACAUGGUUAUGACUCACGCUCUUGAAUGGCCUAGCCUUACAGUCCAAUGGUUACCUGAUGUUAAACGUGUGGAUGGAGAUGAUUAUACUACACAUCGUUUGAUUUUGGGAACUCAUACAUCUGAUGAACAGGUUUUUUUUUUAUAA